AUGAGCUCCAAAAACGCCAAGCGGCAAUGGGACCAGACAAUGGCGUCGAGCGGCCUCGCGCUGCCGGCGGCGCCCCGGAAGCGCAACUCGGGGCGCGCGGUCAAGAUCAGCAAGGCCAUGAAGCUUGUCGACGAGGAGACACGCAAGCAGGUGCGGAACGCCCGCUUGGACGCGCUCGAGGCCGACAACUACGUCGAGCCCACCGAGGACGGUGAAGACGAGGAUUUGUACAUCGAAGAGGACGCUAUGGGCCCCAAGAAGCCGUCGAAAUCGCGGGCCAAAGGCAAGGCCAAGGCGCCAAUCGUGCCCGUCUCGAGCUCGGGGCGGCGGCGCGUCGUGCGCAAGGUCAAGAGCCUUGCGCAGCUCGUCUUUGAAGAGUGCGGGACGGGCGAAGGUCUCGGCCCCAACUACGUCACGGCCGCGGUCAAGCCGGCCACGACGCCACCCCGCAAGUUUUGCGUCGUGUGCGGAUAUCCUUUUCCGCGUCUUCUACCUCGAUGACAGUAUUGACCACUUUCCUUGACAACCAGCGUACGCUCUUCUCCAACUAUGCGUGCGGCCGAUGCGGCUCUCGCUUUUGCAGCGUCAAGUGCGGCGACCAGCACCGAGAGACGGGC